GCUAUUUUUUCAGGCAACGUUCAACAACAAUUAGACGUAUACACUUUUGAAUUUCAUUUUCAAUUGGGCUCUUGAACAAAGCAGAAUGUACAAAGAGAUAGUUUGUAGAGGUGGUGAACAUGCCGUUCCUUCAUGAAGCAUCUUGUGGAGCCAGUGCUGCUAUGGUCAACAUUUCAGUGACUUACCCACUGAAUAAGGUGAUUUUCCGACAGCAGAUUCAUGCCUUACCGUUCCGGAGAGCGUUUUGGCAGGUGCACGCUGAAGGUGGUUGGAAGCUGUACAGAGGAGUUCUGCCGCCUAUGAUGCAGAAGUCUGCCUCUAUGUCGCUGAUGUUUGGGCUGUAUGCGCAAUACCGUGAGACGUUGCAGCGAAAGGGGCCUGCGUGGAUUCAAAAGCCCUUCAUGCUGUCUGCUUCUGCUGCAUUCUUGGCUGGCACUACAGAAGCCAUCCUAACUCCUUUUGAGCGAGUUCAGACAUUGCUUCAGCAUCACAAGUAUCAUGGUCAACUAAGAAAUACUGCUCAUGCAUUUUGCCACUUGCGUACUUACGGUUUUCGUGAGUACUACCGAGGUGUUGUGCCUAUCCUGUGCCGCAAUGGACCGAGCAACAUUCUCUUCUUCAGUCUGCGUGAUCCGAUCAGCAAGGAUGUUGGCCGCCUCAUGGGAAACCAUGACAGCAACGUAGCCCUCGGCAUUCAAAACUUUAUCAGCGGUGCUGUCCUUGGUGCGGGCCUGAGCACGCUGUUUUUUCCAUUGAACGUUGUCAAGAACAAGAUGCAGUGUCGCCUUGGCGGCACGUUCUUCAGCCUGCCGGCCGCUGCAAUGUAUGUGUUCCAGGAGCGUGGCUGGAGACUGUUGUACCGCGGCGUUCAUGUCAACUUCACGCGAUCAUUGCUGUCCUGGGGCAUAACCAACAUGUCGUACGAGUGCUUCAGGAGUAUUCUCCUAGACCUGCGGUAGUAGUAGUGGAGAGCACCUUUCUGCAUCCGGGCCAGUCUCCUGUGUACAUGUGUGGCCUAUAGCUACAGAUUCCCACAGUACAGGCAUGUCAUCAAUUUUGGAUUUCUGCCCAGUGCUACUGAUGCUGCUGGAAAUUGAAAGGUAAACCAACUUAUCGAGUGGUUUGGGAGCAUGCUGUUUGUUUGUUUUCUCCCUAUUGAGAAGUGUUAUUUAAUUCAGAAGUCUUAAGGCUUGGCUGCCUGGUGCAGUUGUACAAACCUUGAAAAUAGAGACUGAGUCUUUUCUUUCCUGUUUUACCCUUCGUCUGGCGUAUUUGUAUGAAAUUCUUACUCCAUACCGUGUAUCAGUGGACAUAUUCUCAAGCAACUAUCAGUUUUUAUUAUUUAAUAUGUACAAGGGGUGAGGGGCUGGACCCUUUCUCUCCUAGUCGUCUUGUCUAGCCGUCGCACUCUUGUACAUACGGACAUCUAUUUAUUGUCACGGUUCUCAUCUCGGGGUUGGCACCACCCUGUCCAUGUCUACGUUGUCAUCCUUGAAACUGAUUGUCUUUGUUAUGCUGUAAAUUUCGCGCACGCGUGUGUGCACCGUUGGUAUUUCGGUUUUCACAGUUCUGUCUGCACUCGACUUGUACAGUCAUGUAUAUUAUUAUUAUGCUUAUGUUUUGGUUUGCACAGUUCUGUCUGCACUUCACUUGUACAGCCAUGUAUAUGUUGAUGUUUCAAGUGUUUAUAGCUACAUGCACCCAGUGUUUUGUCUCGAUGGCCAUUAUCGGCCUUACCCCGUUUGCCGUUGAUCUUCUGAAUGUUUGUUUUUCCUGUACAUAUAUGAUCUUGCAACGCACACCUACUCUGCUAUGUACAUUAUAUGGUGCUGUGUUUCUCUACGUCUUGUACAUUUCCUUGUCCUUGAAGUGCAUGCACCACCGGUGGUAUAAUAUUAUACUACCACUACCUGUGUACAGUGUUUAUUAUCUGGUCUAGGACUGUGUACAUUGUAGUAUGAUUGUACAUACUUUUAUUGUCAUGCUGGAAGCCGCUGCUAGUGCCACCGCUACAUUUCUACGUUUCUUCGUUACCAGUGUUGCUGACGUGUCAGCC